UUGAUCUGCAGGUCAGUUGCAAUAUCGCUUUGAAGCUGAAUUUUAAAAACCGCCGCUCAGGCUGCGCCCACUAGGUUUUACAGUAAAAAGGGGCAGGGUUUGAGUAGCAUCCUGUGCCCCUGCUUUCAAAAGAGAGAGGAAGAGACUGGAACCGGCAGAACAGUGCGUGUGUUUCUGUCCCCAAUUCAGCUUCAAAGAGAUUGUGCAGAUCAACCCGUUCCCCCUCCAAGUGUGGCCAAUGGAAACACUUUGAUCUGGCGACUAGUGUGUUUAGGGCCGGGCAGAGCAGGUUUUUGGGGACUGGAGAAUAGGGCCAGCAGGGGCCGCUCUUUUGCUACCUCCGGCUGUGCGCUCUCCCUACCCUCCAAAACAGUCUGCCUGCCCGUCUUUGGCCAAAACAGCAAAGCAGCUGUCGCCGCCCAAAGAAGCAGCGCGCCUUGGACAGAAGCGGUACCCCUCUGUAGGGCUGCGACGAGGAGCCAGCCAGCCAGCCAGCCAGCCGUCGAACCGCGGCUGAUUUGCGAGAGGCGGCCAUGCAGCGGGCGGAGUGGGACGAGGAGAGCGAGCUGCGGGAGCUCAACUCCCGCCUGUGGUUCUACGUGUCGGGGGUGCGGGCUUUGGAAGAGGAGAACCGGCGCUUGGAGCGGGAGCUGGCGGCGCUGCGCGGGCGGGAGCGACAGGUCUGCCGCCUGCAAGAGCGGGAGGACGAGGUGGCCGAGCUGCGCCUGGUGGUGGCCGAGCUGAGCCAGGCCAAGGGUGAGGCCGAGCUGGAGCGCGACGCGCUGCGCCAAGAGCUGGCGCGCUUGGAGAGGUUGGGCGCCCAGUCCGUGGAGCUGCGCCGCCGCCGCCUGGAGCCCGAGCUAGCCGAGCAGCGGCAGCAACUGGAGCGGCUGCGGGCAGACUGCGCCGCGCUGGAGGCGCUGCUGGAGCAGCUGCGGGUCGAGCACGGGCGGCUGCGCGAGGAGCGGAGCCGGCGCCCGUCGAAGCUGCGGGCCUUGCCGCCGCCGGCGCCCACCAGGACUUCGACGAGGAUCAGCCGACGGGAGCUGGAGGAUAGCGCCGCGCUGGUGCUGAGCUGGAGCUGCGGGCCGAGCCUCGAGCGCUACGAGACCGAGCUGCGCGCCCUGCAGGAGCUGGAAGAGCGCCUCGGGCGGGAGAACGUCCAGAAGCUGCGCACCCAGAACGAGCAGAGCCGCCGGCAGCUCGAGGAGUUGCACCGCCGCUGCCGGGAGCUGGGCGCGCUGGCCGAGCGCCUGGACCAGGAACGCCUGGCGCAGCAAGAGCACCAGGGCGCCGAGCUGGCCGAGUAUCAGACGAUAAUUGGAGCGCUUGAAGAAGAAAAGCAAUUCCUAACCGUAUCUAUCGCAGAAUACCUAAAAGACUAUCACGAGCUCUUGCAGGUGAAAGCAGGGCUCAGCCUUGAAAUUGCAACUUACAGAGCUUUACUAGAAGGAGAAAGCAGUCAAUGGAUCCUUAUGUGGGAUGAAGACCAUGGAAGAAAAUUACCACAAGGUGUCCGGAACAUGCUUUAUGAGUACAGCAAACGCCACUCAGCUUAUCAACAGGAGAAAGGAAAGAGAACUUUUCCUGCAAUCCAAAAUGUUGACACAAGAUAUAAAUCCCCUGUAACAAAUAUUAGCAGCUCUGCAGUUUAUUCAUCUCAAACAAGAACUGGCAGAACGCAGACAGCUUCUCCUGGGAAAACAUUAAGAAGAGAUGCCUUCAGGUUGGAUUACAGCCCUUCAGCAGCCAUCAAAAAGGACAUGACUCAUGAAAGAACUGUGACGGGACAGAGAGGGACCCGAACGUUUGCUCCACCAUAUCUUAUUAGCCAAGGGAGUAAUGCUCAACAAAGAACAUUGCCAGAAAGACAGAAAAUCGGGAGCACUGUGUCUUUUUUGAAAGAAUCGACAAUGAUCCAGGAAGGCACACCGAGUCCAAAUAUUCCUACUACAUUUCCACCUUAUGGGCUAAGCUCUACUUCUAACUAUGAGAGAACCAUAGAAGGAACUCGUACAAGAGUGAGUGAACAAGCCAAAGACAGCAAGCUAAUGAGAGAGGGAAAACCCGAAGGAAGAGAGAAAAAUGAAAGGCUGGCCAAAGAAUGGGUAGAUCUUGCCGCUGAGAAGACCGAUGAGAAAUCCAUCAGAGUCGAAAGAAAUGUUAACAUUGAAAAGAAGACUGACGUUAAGCAAGGCAUGGCUGAUCACAAGCACAGAGUGGAAGAAUUUACCAUUAAGGAUAACCAAGAGGAAAGCAGGCUUUGGGGAGAUAGAACACCCAAGGACGGAAGUUAUGUAAGAUGGGAAGAAAGGAUUAGGGUGGAAACACCAGGAAAGAAUCUCCCAGCAGAUAUAAAGAUGAAGGAAAGUCAUUCCUUUCAAAGGGAGAAAAAUGUGAGUAUUGGAACACAAAGCAAAGAAGCUGCUAAGGUUCAGUCUGAAGGGCAUACGCAUGGCCAAAUAUUGAAAGACAACAGCACAGAAAUAACAUUACAAGACUUGAAACCUUCUGUUGGAAAAUCGAAGGAUGACGCCACCUUUAAACUUGCCAGAGAAUCUAAUCAAGAUGAAAAAGAAAGCUCUACCUUACUUACAGAAAGUAUUGCAGAAACCAUUGUUUCUGAUAUACUUAAAGAUUUUGUGCAGAAACCUUCUGAUGCAAGGCCUCCCCUUGAUACCCGAGCCACCUCCUUUGAAAAGAGAGAAGUUUCUGAGGAUGGCAACGUGAAGACUGAGGACAUCAUAGGUUCUGCCAUUCAAGAUGACCUAUAUGUUUCUGAUGAGUUUGACCUGGGAACUGUCUUAAAGAAAGAUGCUGAAAAAUUCCUGAAGGAUGGAAAGGGAAUUCCAGCUGAAGGUGGAACAGAAAAUAUAGUGAAAGGAAAGGAGGACAAAGGAAAAAGGGCAGUUCAACUUGAGAUAGUAGAGGAGCCAAUAGAAUCUACAGCUGAUGAAAGAACAGAGUUUUCAACACCCUUUGAAGUAGAGGAAGUAGAAGAUACAUUGCCUGGUAUGGCAGGACAUCUGUACUAUGGUGAUGAAGAUAUUGCUGCCACAAGUGCUGUCAAAGAUCUUAAGCAGAAACAACCCAGUGUGGUCGUGUCUCAUGUGGAAGAAGUAUCUGAGGGGGAUGAUGUAGUUGAUGAAGAAAAGUACUUUGUGUCUACUCCAGACGAACACCCCUUGGGUCACAAGGAAGAUGAAGGCUCCAUAUAUGGUCAAAUCCAUAUUGAAGAAGAAUCGACAGUUAAGUAUUCCUGGCAAGAUGAAUUUCUGCAGGGAUCUCAAACAAGGAUAAACGAAGAUAAACCGGAACUGAUUUACCAGGUGAUGGGGGGAGGGACAACUUCUUAUAUUUCAAAGGAGGACGUGCCAAAGGAGGAGGUGGCACGGGCCGAAUCCAUUGUUAUUGAGAAAGAGAUUAAAAUCCCACAUGAAUUUCAGGAAUCAAUAAAAAAUCUCUUUUCUCAGGAGUCAAAGGACCCUAAACUUCAGUUGAAGGAGACGCUAGAAAAGCUUGGAGAUACGCUUCCAGAAAGUGUGAAACAGGAGCUCUCUGCAUUUACAAAAGAGGGCCAGUCUGAUGCUAGUAACCUGGAAGUGGAUAUUAAAAAAGUGCUGAACACUGAAAAGGGGGGGUUGGUUACUAUAGUUGCAGAAGUCAAUCUGUCCCAGAUGCUCGACCCUGACCAGCUAAGUGCAGAACUUCUUGGUGAAAGUGUUGCCACUGAGACAAAGUUGCCAACAGAGUCCCCAAGUGAAGAUGAUUUCGAUGAAUACAUGAAGCAAGAGCCAGAAAGCUGCAGUGGUGGUCGAAAUAACGUUGGAGUAGAUUUUUCUUCCACACCUUGGACUAUAGGAGAGGUUACUAGCUCUAACAAAGUAAGCAGCAGAGAUGGUGUGGAAUAUCAUACCAAUGAGCAAGUUAUCCACCAAGGGCCAGUUUUCAAAAGUAUGGAAAUUAAUAGCAGUGGAGAAGAAUGUUCUUCACAAGGGCCAUUCGACAUUAACAGACAUAUUCGGCAAAUUGUGGUUGGCCCAACAGAAAUUCGCAGAACGGAACAGGUCCUAUAUGAAGGCCCUAUUUCUGAAACUCUGGAGUUUGGUUCAGGUGGCUUUGAGACUGGAGCAUCAGCAGAUAUAAAUCAAUUCAUGAAGGAACUCAAACUUGGCCCUGAAAAAAUUCAGUCCACAGAAAAAAUUACUUAUAGAGGGCCUGUUCAUAAAACUGUGGAAGUGAGUGGUCCUGAAAGUCCUACUCAGGCACAGUUUUCAACUGAAAUUAGGUCCUCUAAGAACAUCACUUUGGGUUCAAACCAAAUUACUGAAGAAACUGUUUUUGCAGGGCCAGGUUCAGAUGAUAGCAAUGAGGCUCUUUCUCAGAUGAAAGGGACAGCACAAACCAGCAGAUCGAUAAGGCACAUUCGAAUAGAUCCCAAAGAAGUACAUACUGAGCAUGUUGUGUAUGAAGGGCCCCUUUCAGGAUUUGUGGAGCUUAGUAGCACUGGAGACCAAACUCUGACUGAAGAUACAAUAAGGCAUAUUUGGCUAGGGCAGAAAGAUGCCCAAAUAUCUGACCAAACUAUAUCUGAUGAAUCUCUCCUCAAGGCAACUGAAUCUGGUCAUGCUCCAGACAGGCUUUUCAAGGAAGGAGUGAUUGAUGCUAAUACCACUGUCAGGCACAUCAAGUUAAGUCCAAAGGAAUUUGUAAAAACUGAGGAAAUUGUUUUUACAGUGCCGACUUCCGGACAGCCCCUAGAGUUCAGUGAACCAGGACAGACUUUUUCUUCUGAAGGGUUAGUAACACACAUAAAAUUAGGGCAGAAGGAGGUUCUGAGCAGCGAGCAUUUUGUUUACCAGGGCUCUGUUUCAGAAUCUUCAGGCAUCAGUUCUUCAGGGGAAGACAUUUUGGAAGAAGGAGGCCCCAUGGAGAUCAGUAGAUCAACACGGCACAUCAGACUAAGCCCUUCCGAAACCCAUGCUGAACAGAUUAUAUUCCACGGCCCCGUUUCUGAAACAGUGAGGGUCGGCACUGCAGACCGUUCCCCGACAGAUGGGCCCACAGAAAGCAGCAAACCUGUUGGGCAUAUAAAGAUAGGACCCAAGGAAGCAUCUUUUACCUUUCAGAUGGAUGUAACCAACGUGGCAGGGGGAGGACAAGAUGCUACAAUUCUUGUACCGGACAGGAAAACAGCAGCUGCCUAUCAGCUGGAGGGCACUAUGAAGGAUGGUCAGAAGGAAAGUGGACAAAGUUCAGAGGAGUCAACGUUUGAUCAAACUGUUCAACUGCAAAGGAUGGUAGACCAAAGGUCGGUGGUUUCUGAUGAGAAGAAGAUUGCCCUUCUUUAUCUGAAUGAGAAUGAUGGGGAAGAGGAGGAGGAUGGACCUUGGUUCUGAGAAACAAAAUUUUCAACAUUUUUUAUAAAUCUAGGAGCUUGGUUGCCAUUUACAUAUAGCUGACUUUAAAAAAAAAGGGGGGGUGGAAGGCUAUAACUUAGCCAUUAACAAUGAACUGAUUGGUUUUAAAUCUGCAUUUUCUUAUACAGUCGUAUUUUUUAGCAGGAUCUCUUGAAUGCACAUGUGUUCGCUUGUUAAAUUAUGACACUACUGCUCUUUUGACUAAUGGUAUUUGGUCUGAAAGAUUGUCCUUUUUAAAAAAGAAACCAAGCGAAAUGUUUCCCCUUCUCAGUUUGAGAGAGUAUUUGAGUAUAUAGGAAAAUCACCAGUCUUAUUUAAGUGUAGAAAGCGAUGAUGGUACUAUGGCCAUCAAAAACCAUUUACUCAAGAGUAAGGAUGGGAGAGGCGUUCAUUUCAGUUCGCAUUUCAAGGCAAAUGUAUCAGAUCCGCACUUUCCAAAACAAUAUGAGAAUCGAAACAUGGCCAUCCUUCAAAAUUUGCACUUACUCAAAUUUUGCAUUUUGUUUGUUAGGAGAAAUUCACACUAACAUGCUGAUGAAUUUUCAUGAGAAUUUCUUUUUUAAAAAAUUCACAAAUUGUGGCAGAAAUGUGGAGAACUGAAUUUAAGAAUGGAAAAAUAAGAAACCAAGAGAACCAAAAGAGUGAUCCUUACACACCUGCUGAAGAGUAAUCCAAUUUUAAGUCACUUGAGGCUUAUCUGGAGUAAAUGUGUUUAUAGCCUAAGGCGUGCAGGCAAGGUAUACUUCUUGAAACAACUCAUUAAGGCUGCACAUUACACAAAACCAGUUUUAAAAAUAUAUAGCAAAAAUAAGUAGACAGUGUUGCCCUGCAACCCAGGUAAUCACUCUUCUGUCAAAUCUACCUUUCAGGAGGAAGUGACCAAUUAAGAACAUAGGAAGUUGCUUUAGGUUAAGUCAGACCACUGGGCUACAUAGCGCAGUGUUGUAUGCACUGACUGACCUCCUAGUUACAGACAGGAGUCUUUCCAGUUGUAGCUGGAGAAUGCCAAGGACAGAACCUUUUGCAUUCAGGGCAUAUUCUCCACCUCUGAGUUAUGGUCCUUCUCACCAGACCAAAUGAAUGCAAGAGAAGAGGCAUGAAAAUGUGGUGAGUUGAUGCAGGUUAAUACCUCAUUUUAUUUUUCUCUCGCACACACCACCACUGUCAAAACAGAGACUAUAGUGAGCAUAUUUUACUAACAGCACCAGUUUUAUUAGGAUUAAAGCUGUCACCUUUAUGCAUUUCCACAGAAAUGGAGUUCAAGUGCAGGGAAAAAGCUUCAGCUGUUAAAUUAGUUUCGUCAGGCUGCGGCUGAAGUUGCAGGAACAGGGCCAAUAAAAAAAUGGCCACCCUGUUUAAAGCGAGUCCCUGCAUCGCUCCCGUUUGCUGAAACGGGGCUCUGGGGUUGCACGGUUUCGCAUAUUCACCAUCCGCUUGUGAUAAAAGGUCUUGCUGUAAGCCACGUCGUUAUGAUAAGGGUGGAGCUAGCAUGCUUCAGCACUUUCAAAAACAAAAAUAAAAAAAAAAGCUCAGAGCAGCUUACAUUUGGUGCUGGCAAACAUGCAUGAAGAAUUACAAGAGCAUGCAGCCCAAAUGUGAAUAUUUUUGUAUCCACAUUGCUAAUCACAAUAUGCAAGAAGACUUGAGAUCCACUCAGAGUGUAAGCUUGCGGGCUUCACGUGGGCACUUCCCCCGCCCCCCAGCAGUUGGGAUUCAGCAGUCUGCAGAUUCUCAACUUGAAGGUUAGGAACAUAGGAAGCCGUCUUAUACUGACACAGACCAUUGGUCCAUCUAGGUCAGGAUUGUUCUCACUGGCUUGCAGAGGCUCUCUCGGGUUUCAGGCAAGAGUCUCUUCUAGCCCUACCUGGAGAAGCCGCUGGGGAUUGAACCUGGGACCUUCUGCACACAAAGCAGAUGCUCUGCCACUGAGCUGUGGCGCUUCCCCAAGGUUCUGUUUUGUGAACCUCUCCAAAGCCACUGAUAGACCCCACCUCCCUGGAUUUGCCUCAUCUCCUUUUAAAUCCAUCCAGGCUAAUGAAAAGGUGGCUUUUGAAUGGGCCAGAUUCACACCAUGCAUUUAUUCCACUUUAAACAGCCAUGGCUUCCCCCAAAGAAUCCUGGGAAGUGUAGUUUGUGAAAGGUGCUGAGAGGUGUUAGAGAGACCCUCUAUUCCCCUCACAGAGCUACCAUUUCCCAAAUAAUUUAACAGUCAGUCAGUCCCUCUGAGAACUGUAGCUCUAUGAGGGGAAUAGGGGGUUUCCUAACUACUCUUAGUACCAUUCACAAACUACACAUCCCAGGAUUCUUUGGGGGAAGCCAUGGCUGUUUAAAGUGGAAUAAUAGUGGAAUAAAUGUGUGGUGUGAAUACAGUCUCACAGUUGUCUUGUAUCAAGUGAAGUCCAUUGGCCCAUCUAGCUCAGGAUUGUCCAUGCUGGGGAUGGGCCACCUUUUUUCAACUGAAGGCCAGAUUCUCUCGGGGAUCAUCUGUCAGUGGCUGCUUGCCAGCAGUGGGUGGAGCUAGAGUUGAUAAUGGGUGGAGCUAGAAACAAAAGUGUUCUGGAUAAACUAAUCCAGAAUAAAGACUGCCCAGCUUCAGUUUUCACCAUGGAUACCUCAGAUUAGAAUCCCCAAUCCGAUUCAGAAGGAAGCCCCGCUGGGUUUGAUGGGGUUACUCUGUCUCAAAUACAACUACUUGUAUAGUAAGUAUAACAAGGAAGUGAAAGUGAUUCCUUUCUGACUUUAGUGUGUUAAACAUCCUCCCUCCCUCUCGCACACAUAGCUAUGGGGCGGAGUGAGUGUCUUCUUUUCUCCCAAGUUAUCCAGCUAGGGGAAGGGGGAAUUGAAAAAAGACAUCAGUUUGUUUUUAUAAAAGAAAAGAUGGCCUUUUGCAAUUGUUCUGAAACUAAAUAGAACCAGAGUGGGGGAAAUCUUUAAAAAGGUCAUGGGAAACUAAGGAGGAAAUGAAAAGGAAGGAAAGAACUCUUGAUAGAAUGGAAAAAGAGGGGCAGCUAUAAGAAGCAUUGGGGGCCGUAUACCAAGUUGGACAUGGGUUACCCAUCUGUGGUCUACUCAGAGAUGCUAAGGAUUGAACCUUUCUGCAUGCAAAAUAUGUGCUCUGUCCAUAAACUGUGGCUUCUGCCAGAGGAAUUUGACAACCGGAUAUUUAAGGUUGGACAUGCACUUAAGAGAUUUAGAAUGUUAUGCAUAUUUCAUUAUAGGUUUUUACACCUGUAACAGAACCUGCUUGCAGUUAGCAAAAGCUGGUACUUACAUGAUGUUUGUGUGUGUGUGUUCUGAUGUCGUUCAGAGAGAAAACAACUGACUACCCUGUCAUACAUAUGCUAGUUUGUCCUAUUUAAUAGUUGUGUUUUAAUAGCAUGGCGCUAGAAAGAUUAAUAACAUUGCUUCAGGCAAUGGUUCUACUCACAGGCAGAGCUUAUUCAAACAUUUUUUUCCUUUAAUUGAAUAUGAACAGUGGGGAGUUUGGAGGAAGAUAAUGUUAUUCAAUUAAAUGUAUGCUUGAGAUAGUUUACCUCAGAAGUAGGGCACUUUUCUCCUUCUUAAUGCUGGAAUCUUAAGCGCACUUUGGAAGCAAAUUCCAUUUCAAGUGAGGCUUUCUCCCAAUGCUUUUAACACACAUUGCUAAAAUAACCCAGGCCCUGAUCCAGCUUAUUCAAGGCUAAAUUCCAUUGAAAGCAAUAGGAGUUGAAUGAUUUGCAACCAACUUUUCCAUUGGCUUAAACUGUAGCUGGAUUGGGGCCAAAAGUAUUCAAUAUCCGUGCAAUGAAGAAGGAAUUGGCGUUCCAGUGUGUGAGAGCUGUCACUCUCUAGGUCAGCCUGGUGCCCGGGGCUGAUGGGAGUUGUAGUUCAAAAGGGCACCAGGUGCAGAAGGCUGCUAUAAGCUAAAGACUGCUAUGGUAGGUGUUUUCAGAUGCUGCAGACAUGUUGAAAUUGGGUGGAUUAAUGUCAGGUGGGAUUUUUGUAGGCCAUUUUUAUCUUGGUUAGUUAUAAGGCAGGGCGUGUUUCUGUGAUGGUUUAAAACUAUUGUGACUUUGCACUUUUUCUGUUAAGUAUUAAACUUUGAAAAUUCA